GUCCGGCGUUCGUCGCGCCUCACUUAAGAAGCCCCGUUGCCUCUCCUCCCUCGACCACCUUUUCUCCUCACCAGUCCCUCGUUAUCAUUGUCACAACUCACAACAGCCCCUCCAGUCACUCUUUCCCCCAUUGAAAUUGAAUCCGACCGACCGCUCUCACGAUGAAGGCCGCCUUCUCGCUGGGCGCCCUGCUGGCCCUCUCGCUCUCCGCCACGGCGCAAAUGGACACCUACAUGGGCUGCCACUCCUCGCCCGGUAACCUGACGGAUCAAGGUUCCAACCAAUACCAGUCGGUGGGAUUGUGCGGUCAGGUGUGCGCCAAGGUCGGGGCGCCCUUUGCCGGUCUACAGGACUCGCACUGCUGGUGCGGUGUCUCGCCCCCGGUCCCCUCCACCUUCGUGUCGGGCAAAGAAUGCAACACCCAGUGUCCGGGCUACCCAGCUGAUACCUGUGGUGGCACAGGUGUCUGGUCAGUGUAUCAGCUGGGCAUCACAGCUGAUCCGGAUGACGGCGGAAACGGAGAUGGACCCCCGAAUGGCAACGGUGGUGGCCCCAAUAAUGGCGAUGGCGAUGGCGAUGGCGACGGCCCGGGAUAUGGCAGUGGGAAUGGCCCUCCUGGCAAUGGUGGCGGUCCGGAAACCACCACGGCCUCGAGCUUCACGGUGUAUCCCACCCCGGCGGUGGCCUCGACCACGGCCAGUCAGUCGGCUUCUUGGGCCAGUACGUCGGCCAUUGUGUCCACUGCUCGGGCAUCUCCCACUACAGCUACCUCGGGGGCAAGUCGUCGAUUCCGGUUCUUGUUCUUCUAGAUACCCUCUGCGAGACUGAUGGAUAUCCGCGUGAUAUGGGCUAAGCUGUAGGCUGUUCUCGAUUUCCUCCGUACAGGAAAUCCGCGAGAAGAUGCUGUUGGCACAGUAAUUCCAGUCGAGAUCGUAGCUGCUUCUUGAUCGUCCAUUGGCUUCGUAAUUGCUGUCUAGAAUAUACUGAUGUACUGACCUUGUUACUAUGUGCCGAGGAUAUAACCCGACAUCAGCUGCCCCAGGAAUUAGCAUGGUCGACUACUAGCAGGUGCCCUUUUCCAGGUGUAUCCCAUUUUAUAGUAUGCGAUAGACAUCCUCAACUGUCAGCAUUGGAAUAUCU